GGAGAACUACAUACUCCCUUUCAAGUCACAAUUUAGGGCCAUCUCAGAAGAUGGGGACCUUGAUCCAGCAUUUCACCGUGGCAUCAGCCAUCAUUCUGGCAGUGCAGUGUCAGACCCCGUUCAUGGAAUAUAUUGAGAGAAGACUGUCUUCUUUCGAGGUUCGAAUUGCCGUCUGGUACGACCAAACACAGAGAUACUCCUCAGAAUACAGAGAAUAAAACCAGAUCCUUGCUCUUGUUGAAAGCUUGGAUAAGGAGAAAGAAGAGCAGAGAAACAACCUUGACAUAGCAACUUCCCGCAUCGAUCGCAUAGAGCGGGAAUUAGACUACCUGGAGACCAGAAAUCCCGCACCCACCUGUUUGGAGGUAGAUGAGAAACUUACCGACCAUAUUGCUGAAAGUGCUCAGGAAAAGAAGAAGCGCAAACAAAAGAUGAUAGAUUGUGGAGAAAUAAUCUUCAACAUUAAAGCAAUGAAAAUAGUCAAGAAGUUGGAGACUACUUCUGGCCUGUGGACCAAGGACCUCAUGUCAGAUUCGGAGAAGGUGUAUGUCUUUGAUGGUGUAAGUAACGACACAAUCUAUGAAUUCACAAGAUUGAGGGACUUCACUGACUUUACUGGCUUGAUUAAGGCAAAGAAAAUCAAACUGCCUUAUCCAUGGGCUGGCACAGGUCACAUAGUGUACAAAGGCUUCUUAUAUUACAUCAGAAAUGAGCCUCAGUUUCAAGUGAUCAAGUUCGAUCUGGAGAACCAGACAGUGUCAGACGGCGCCAUGUUCCCUGCCGAGCAGCAGAUCCCAGUGUACGGCCUCUCGCCAUUCAAUUACAUCGAUCUGGCCGCGGACGAGAAAGGUUUAUGGGCUGUAUACGCCACCAGAGAGGAUGAGAAGCACAUCUGCCUAGCCAGGUUGGAUCACAAAACGCUGGACAUUGAGCAUGUGGGAUACCCAUGUCCCAUUGAGAAUGCUGAGAAUGCCUUUGUCAUCUGCGGGAUGCUUUAUGUGGUGUACAACAGCAAGCUCCGUAGCCGCUCGCGUAUCCAGUGUGUGUACGAUGUCACUGACAUAGUGACCACUGACCAGGCACCAUUGCUGUACUUCCCCAUGCGAUAUGGAUCGCACUCCAGCAUCAAGUACAACCCGAAGGAGAAGCAGCUGUAUGCUUGGGAUGAUGGUACCAAAAUAAUAUACAGGCUGACUUUGAAACAGAAAUCACAACUGGUAAAACUUGCUCCUAAAUACAAAUUAUUAACAGGAGGACUGGGCAGUGAGACCCUCCCCAAAGGCAGUAGGGAAACCCAAAAAAGAGGAAGAAAUGACAAUAUUUUAAGAUGGUUGACUAGCUAAUUUGCCCUGGCUCUGUUAAAGUACCUAGCCUUGCAAAGAUAAAGUCAGCCAUAUCAUAAAGAAGAAAAUUAUAAUUAACUAUGUUCAUAUGACUGGUAAUGUGUUACAUGUCAUUGCAUCAAGGGCUUUGCAUAGUGAUGCAAACUGCAGCAGUCAUUCAAAAGAGACACAGCGGAGUGGUGUGGCAGGUGCUGUAUGCCAGGGGAAUAGGAAUGCAACAAGCACAUUCACAUGAAACCAGGCACUGCAGUUAAAACAGCAAGCACUGGAACUUCACAUGAAUGUGCCGAUGAGUUCAGAUGCUAAAUAAGUUCUCCCAAAAAAACAACCAGCAUUAAUACAGUGCCUUUUGUGACAUUCCAAAACUCUUCACCGUUAAUUACAUAACCUUGCAGCAGCUACUGUUGUGUGGUAGGAAAUCCCACAGCCAAUUUCACACAGCAAAAUCCCACCAGCAGCAGUGAAAUAAAUGACAAGAUGAUCAGUUUUAUAGGGAGCUUGAAGGUCAAACUUUGGUCAGAACGCCAGGAAGAACUCCCCAGCUGGGAGGGUAAAAGGAUAUCUCAGCAAAGGGUGAUGCCCAAUGUGCUAUGUCCCACAUCUCAGUCUAGGUUAUUCGUUUAAGUUUCUGAAGAAUUGGUUCAACCCACAACCCUCAGACUCAGAGACAAGAGUGCUUACCACCAAGACACUGCUAACACUGACACCUAGGAGAAUUUCAACCUCAUCAACAUGAAAGGCAAAAAAAGAACCAGCAUAGAAUCUUAAGACAUCUCAGUACAAUUAAUUGGUUUAUUCAAAUGAAUGUGGCAUUGAAUUCAUACUGCCCUGUAUCUUGAGACUUACAUCAAUUUAAUUCUACACUUCUGAAUGUUAAGUAUAAGGUGAUCUCAUGGUUCAGCUGAUGUUCAGGAGCUCUUCAUCCAUCCCAUAUGCUGGCAUUGAACAGAUCCCUAUUGUAAACAUUAUUCUUGACUAGAACCCCAUUACAGACAUUGUCAGGUACUGUACCUUUAUCCUAGAUACUUGCCAAAGACUAGACCUCCAUUCCAUGUGUAGUCAUAGGCUACUGACCAGACCUGUAUCCUAAACAAUCUCAUGUCCAAGAUGCUUCAUGUUGUAGACUAAACAUUGUCAUGGAUUAGAAGUCUUUUCUAGAUGCUGUAAAUAGACGUCCUCUCCCCAAUCCACAUACUGUCAUGAACUACACCUCUUCUUUCAACCCAGUCAUGGACUGGAGCUUCAUGUCAGAUACUUCUAUGACCGAUAGUCCAUUACUUAUACUGUCAUUGUUUAGAAUCUUUAUGACAGACACUGUGAAGGACCAAAUCUCUAUCCCAGAUACUGUCACUGACUGGCCUUGACUCCGGACACUAUCGAGGACUAGACUUUUUAUGCCCGUCACUGUCCUAAACAAGACCUCAGACAUUACCUUUAACUAAACCUGUCAUUGCAAAGUCAUUCAUCCCAUAAAUACAAAAGUGUGAUGCUAUCAUUUCUCUAAUGCUGGGAAGUUUGUUAGUUAUGGUAGGGCAUAUGGGUUUCUGUUGUAACUUCUCAACUUCCAGAUUUGAAUGCAAACUGAUAUUUUCACUGCAUCCUGAAUGUCUACAUGGAUACAAAAUCAUUCUGCUUGUGGUUAAGUAUGGAAUUCAGUAUUGAUAUAUGGAGGAACAUCCCCUCACUGUGGCAAGGCACUGACCUCAGCCUGAUUACCCUGCCACUGGGCUAGGCACUGCUCACCUUUAUAACCUACCACUGAACACAACUAUUAAAGUUCUACACACAAAAUGCUGAGGAAUUCAGCAGGAGAGGCAGCAUCUCUGGAGGGAAACCAACAGUCGACAUUUCAGGUCGAGACCCUUCAUCAGGACCGCUUUCCUCCAGCAUUUUGUG